AUGGCGCCGACGCAACGGCCCUGCCCGCCGGGGAAACGUCGGUGCCCUGGCUGCAAGGAGUUGGUCGGUGUCCGCAGGAAGAAGUGCGCCUGCGGAGCACACCUGGCGCGCCGCCCGCGGACGCACAAGGCGCAAGAGAAAGGCACCGAGGCAUCGAUCGUCUCCCGGAAGACCUCGGGGCACAACUACUACGUGCAGUGGGUGGGGGCCGACGACCUGUUCCCGGCGCAUGCCGGUGAGGUCAUCCGGCUGGGCACCCUCACGCGCACACCGUGCCAGGGGUGCCGAAAGGAGUACGUGAGCAUCGGGGCUCCGUACUGCAGGCGCUGCAUGAAGGCCGAACUCGGCCUCGAGCUCAGGAGGUGCGAGGACGUGCAGCGUGGGCGCAGUGGGGAGUGUUUCGGCCUCUUCGCGACGCGGCGGAUCCCGCAGGGGUCCGAAAUCGCCAGAUAUGGAGGCGAGGUGCUCGACCGCGGGAGCAUCGACGCCCGCUACGGGGACCACACGGCGUUCUAUGCCGUGCAGGUGGGCAAGAAGCUCUGUCUCGACAGCGCCUGCCACCGCACCGUGGCCUCCAUGGCAAACAUGGCCCUGCGCGAGGACGAGGUGAACGCGGCUCUGGAAGAGCGUCCGGGGUCAGGGAACCGGCGCGUGGCGGGCGGAGAAGCCGGCGCUGCCUACCUGGUGGCCACCAGGGACAUCGAGCAGGGCCAGGAGAUCUUGUGGGAUUACGGCACGGACUACACGUUGCCUGAGGGUGGUCGCGGGUCGCGCCACAGGACGGUUGGAGGCAAGAUCCCCCCGUGGCUGCUGGAGAUGUGGGGUAAGUCGGUCAAAACAAAAGGGGCCCGGGUCACUUGA